CAAUAUUUGAGAUGCAAUAGACUUAUUCUUUUUUCUCUCUCUCUCUCUCUUUCUGUUUCUGAAACCUCUGUGAAGCAUGAGAGUGAGAGCCCCCUUCAAAUCCAUCUCAUCACCGCCACAAAUUGCAUGAAUCAAUAACAAUCAUACAUGGCCUUCCCUCCUUCUCACUCUUUCAUCUUCCAUCAUGACCAUCAACAACCACAACAUCACCCUCUCCGUACAACUCCUCCUUCAGCCCCCGACUUCCCCUCUUUCCCGCCUCACCACCUCCACUUUCCAGCAGGAGGAGGUGGUGGUGGUGGUGGAGGCUCUUGGAUGAAGCGAUCCAUGUCGUUUUCAGGCAUAGACACCACCAAGAACUGUGGCGGCGGCGCCGGCCCUGACGAGUUAGCGCUACUGCACGGAGACGAUGAGCUCUCCGACGACGGAUCCCAAAUCGGAGAGAAGAAGAAGAGGCUCGGCAUGGAGCAGGUGAAGGCUCUGGAGAAAAGCUUCGAGGCCGGCAAUAAGCUCGACCCGGAGCGCAAAAUGCAGCUGGCCAAAGCCCUUGGGCUUCAGCCGCGCCAGAUCGCCAUUUGGUUCCAGAACCGCCGUGCAAGGUGGAAGACCAAGCAGCUCGAGAAGGAGUAUGAGGUCCUCAAGAAGCAGUUUGAUGCCGUUAAGGCUGAUAACGACUCCCUCAAAACGCAGAAUCAGAAGCUCCACGCUGAGCUAGAAGCUCUAAAGGGUAGUAGGGAAUGGUGUGAAAAUGGAACAAUGAUUACCCUAAAGAAAGAAAAUGAGGGUUCUUGGAGCAACAAUGGAAGUGAUAAUAGCUCAGAUAUGAACUUGGAUCUUUCAAGAACACCAGUGAUGAAUAGUCCAGUGUCUUCUUCUCAUAAUAAUAAUAAUAACAAUAAUAAUAAUAAUAAUAAUAAUAAUAAUAAAAGCCUUGUUCUACCAAAUAAUUCUCUUAAGCCAGCAAGCAUAACACAGCUUCUUCAAUGUUCAUCUUCUUCAAGAUCAGAUCUUCAAGAUGAAGGCUUUUGCAACAUGUUCCACAACAUUGAUGAGCAGCACCAGAAUUUUUGGCCAUGGCCUACUACCGAGAAUCACCACCAUUUUCAUUGAACACUAUAUAUAUUCUUAUUGAAUUAAGAAAAUGAUUUUGGACAUUAUUAAUUAAUUUAUAUAUAUACAUGCAUGGUUUUAAACUGCCACAACUGCAAUGGCAAUAUUGCAAUUUAGAACCGUUAUUAUGUAAGGGUGAAAUUUCAUGAUGAUGAGAUCAAAAGAAAGAUCAUUAGGCUUAGAUCAAGUUAUUAUUUUUUGUUUUUCUACCAAAGUAUCAGUUUCUUUUUUGCAAUUUAUGCUUAUGAUGAUAAUGUAGAUUAUUGGUGUAUGUAUAAAGUUUGAACAAAUCUACUUAAGUGGUGUACUUUCAGUAUAUAGUGCAACUACUUCUUUCUCAUUU